AUGAAGGUCCUCUCCAGCACGCUCGUGGCGGGCUUCGUCUACGUCAGUAUCAGUGCCGCGCUGCCCUUUCAAGAUGCGUUUUCGAGCCGCAAUCCGACUGCUCUUUCGAACGGGCACAAUGUCGCCGGUCAGCGAUCUCCAUCCAAGCAGAUCCAUGCAGAGAAACCACAUAUUCUCGAAUACAUCCAGUCGCUGCGUACUCAACCGUCUUCGAUAGCCAAUGAGCCCACCCACACUUCACCAUCGCUCGAACAUGGAGCCCGCAUUGACAACGAUCGCGACCGCGCCUUUCGCGAUCAUUAUGGGACGAUCUUCAGACCCUCGUCACACGAUCACGAGGAUGGGUCGCGAGUGACACCGUCAACACAGACUUCUCGUCACCCCUCCGGAAUCCCCUUGACAGAUACCGAAACAUCCUUUGAGUCCAUCGACCUGCUCGAUUUUUUUGACAAGCAUGGACCUGAAUGCGUCGCGCUUGUCAUUGUUGUUCUCAUUCCCAUUGCAUACGUUGUUCUGGGAAUGAUCGAGUUUGCACUGAGGUGCUGUACUUGCGAGCGCUUCCCCGAUCGGGGUCGAAGUCGAGUUCGCCUUCUGGGCGAAGAGCGACAACUCCGCGCGUGGAGCAAUCAACAGCGAGAACAGACGCUCGAGAAUGAGAAACGCUGGUGGUAA